UUGCUUCCGGGUCGUAGGCGCUAGCCCUGGGCGCAGAGGUUUCUGGGAGCCAAGAGGCGUAAUGGCGUCUGUAUGAUCUUCGGAGCCUGCUGCAUCGGACCUCGGCCAGUGUGAGCGGCAGGAGGAUAGGAGAUUAUCUUUCCUAUUGCGGUGGGACGGGAAAGGGCAGUUGGGGUCGGAGUCGGCGGCAGAGUGUAGAGCGCGGGCGGUGGAGGCCCUGGAGCAGCGGGCUAGGGGCGGAACCGAGUGCCUGUCAGGCGCGUCCGGAGUUCUUGGGCCCGCCGAGGAGAUCGCAGCGUAAAGGCAGCUCGCCUACUGCGUAAAGCGAACCCCAGGUCCUCCCUUCACUACCCCUCGCACCGCUGCAGUGCUGGACACAGCAUAAAAGAUGACAACAGCAGCCAGGCCAACCUUUGAACCUGCAAGAGGUGGAAGGGGAAAAGGAGAAGGUGAUUUGAGCCAACUUUCAAAGCAGUAUUCAAGCAGAGACCUACCCUCUCAUACAAAGAUAAAAUACAGACAGACUACUCAGGAUGCCCCUGAAGAGGUUCGUAACCGUGACUUCAGGAGAGAGUUGGAAGAAAGAGAGAGAGCUGCCGCAAGAGAGAAAAAUAGGGAUCGUCCAACCCGAGAACAUACAACCUCCUCUUCAGUGUCAAAAAAGCCACGAUUAGACCAGAUUCCUGCCGCCAACCUUGAUGCAGAUGACCCUCUAACAGAUGAGGAAGAUGAAGAUUUUGAAGAAGAAAGUGAUGAUGAUGAUACUGCAGCUCUUCUUGCAGAACUGGAAAAAAUUAAAAAAGAAAGAGCUGAAGAGCAGGCCAGGAAGGAACAAGAACAAAAAGCUGAAGAAGAGAGGAUUCGUAUGGAAAACAUUCUAAGCGGAAACCCUCUCCUUAAUCUCACUGGCCCGUCCCAGCCUCAGGCCAACUUCAAAGUUAAAAGAAGGUGGGAUGAUGAUGUUGUCUUCAAGAACUGUGCAAAAGGUGUAGAUGACCAGAAGAAAGACAAAAGAUUUGUAAAUGACACACUGCGAUCUGAAUUUCACAAAAAGUUCAUGGAAAAAUAUAUUAAGUAGUACAGUUUUAUGUGCUUAAUUAAAGACUGUAAAACAUAAA